GUUAAACCGAUUUCACUUUCGCCCCUAUAGUUUAUGACUUUAUAGGCUCUGGUAAUUUCGGCGACGUUUGCUCCAAUCCAUUUCCAUGGCCUCCAAAUCUCUCGCCCACAGCUUUCGUAAUUUCUCAACUGUCCCUUCCUUUUGCAACGCUUCAACAAUUUUCCGGACGACGUAUACAACGAUCUCUACAUUUCGCCCAACAGUACACCGCUCGAUAUCGGUUGCCUCUCGUCCUGUAUCGGUCACCCCCGGCAGUUUCACUUGGGACGACGUUGUCCAUGUUUCUUCACCAGAAAGCUUUCAGGAUGAUCCUGCGGAUUUGACGGGCUAUUUCGAGAAGGUCAAGCUCUGCAAUCGCGGAUCAGAUACGCAAUCUGAAUUUUUUCCGUUUGUCAUCGAUGGCCAAAUUGUAGGCUACGUGCACCACGGUUUCGCUAAACACCUGCAGCAGUAUCCGAACGUGUUUACCUUCUCUCAAGACGAUUCUGUUAAAGUUGGGGCUUGCUUAACCUUGCAUGAAUCCUUGAAGACACCCGAAGAUAGGACGCGUGCAGUUGGAGAUGUAGUUAAAUGCUUGGGUGAAGAAGUCAUUCCGGGCACACGGAAUGAGCUUUUCCCUGUUACUUCGUCAUUUGGUGCGCCGAACUUUUUUUCACUCGAACGCGCUGCAGCCCCUUAUUUUGGAAUAAAGGUUUAUGGUGUUCAUAUGAAUGGUUAUGUUGAGAAGGAGGGAAAGAAGUUUUUGUGGGUUGCUAAAAGAAGCCAAACAAAGCCAACUUUUCCUGGAAUGUUGGAUCAUUUAGUAGCUGGAGGGCUGCCUCAGGGCAUCUCUUGUGGGGAGAAUCUGAUGAAAGAAUGCAAGGAGGAAGCAGGCAUACCGAGAUCAGUAUCAAAAGAGGCCAUACCAGUUGGUGCCAUUUCAUACACAGACAUCAAAGGUUAUGGUUACAAGAGAGAUGUUCAAUUCUGUUACGAUUUAAAGCUUCCUGAAAGCUUUGUACCGGAGAAUCAAGAUGGAGAGGUUGAAGGAUUCAUGUUGUUGCCUGUGACAAAUGUUGCAAAUGUGAUCCGGAGGACACAGUUCUUCAAGCCUAAUUGUUCUCUUGUUAUUAUCAAUUUCCUGUUUCGACAUGGAUACAUUAAACCCGAAAGUUCGGGAUACUUGGAGCUACUGCAGAGUUUGAGAAGUGGGACAUGCUUCUGAAUAAAACAAUUCGCCCGAUGCAUUGAUGAGAGAAAUCAGGAUGAUGCAUGGAAUGUCGACUUUUUCAAGAAUCUCUCUCUCAUCUACACUGAACACAGUCCUGGCCAAGGGUGUUGCAACUUCAGGCCUCAUCUCUUUCAAGCAUUUUUGAAACCUACUCAGUGACUGAGGAUCGGAUUCGUCCACAACAAGACAAGGAAAGUUUGUGGACCAAUUUUCAUAGUUGGAUUCAAUAUUUGCUAUGAUUUGAUCGAUGUCCGAUUUGUUGAAACCACCUUCAUAGUCUUCUGUAUUUAUAUACCUAACAACACAAUUGUCUUUUUGUGUUAGAAAUGAUAUAUCAUUUAUGAAUACUUCAAUACUCA